AUGGAUGGAAGAAAAACGACUACAAAUCCAAAUCCAAGGGAAGGAGCUUCUUGUAUAUCAGUGUUAUUAUGGUGGUGGACUGUACGUCUAUUCAAAACGGGAUAUACAAAAGAAUUAGGAACAGAAGAUUUAUUUCAUCCAUUAAAAGAAGACAAAUCAUCCUUUCUUGGCGAUAGAUUAGAAAAAACUUGGAACAAAGAAGUGAAAAUUACAAACAAUCGUAAAGAAAAAAUAAGUUUAUUGAAAGUAAUUGGUCGGACUUUCGUAUGGGAAUAUUUUCUCCUUGGUAUACUUCAGAUAUUUAAUGAAUUAAUAUUAAGAUUGGGAACACCAAUACUUUUGAGUGGUUUUCUACAGUAUUUUAGACCAAAAACCGAAGUACCUUACCAAACAGCACUUUUGUUUGCUGGAGGAAUAUGUCUUUUUUCAUGUUUAACUGUGAUCAGCUUAAAUCAAUCCAUUUAUGGAUCUUUACACGUGGGAGGCAGAAUACGUGUUGCAAUAUGUUCACUUGUUUACAGAAAGGCCUUGAAACUUAGCAAGACUGCCCUAGAAGAAACGGCUCGAGGAAAAAUAGUUAAUUUAGUCGCAAACGAUGUCAACAGAUUUGAUUUCGUGUCGAUUUUUAUCCAUUAUAUGUGGUUAGCUCCUCUCUCAGCUUUAAUUAUCGCAUAUUUAUUAUACUCUGAAGCUGGAUAUGCUGGACUUAUUGGAAUUGCUGUUGUUUUCGUCGUCGUUCCAAUUCAAUCGUUCACAGGAAAACUGUCGUCAAUUUAUAGAUCGCAAACUGCAAUCAAAACGGACGAGAGAGUGCGACUUAUGGACGAAAUAAUCUCAGGAGUUCAAGUGAUAAAAAUGUACGCUUGGGAAAAACCGUUUUGCGCUUUGGUGGAAAAUGCUCGCAAGCAAGAAUUAAAGAUAGUCACAAAAACCUCUUACAUACGGGGAAUUUUUAUGACUUUCAAUAUAUUAACAUCAAAACUAGCACUAUUCGCAACUUUACUGACAAUGAUGUUGUAUAAGGAACCAUUAACAGCCGACAGAGUCUUUGUCUUCGCGUCAUAUUAUUCUGUUCUUUCGAACACAAUGUCCACUAUGUUCGUUCGAGGAAUUACGGAAAUUGCAGAAUGUCUAGUGACUGUUCGAAGAUUGCAACAUUUCUUAUUGUAUAAAGAGUAUCAAGAAAUAUAUCCUCAUUUGCAUCGGUCUUGCACUAUCAAUGGGACAAGUAAAAUGAAUGACAAGGAAAAUUCAACUAAAAUAGAUAUUCCUUUCAUUGUAAUGGAUGAUCCGCCAGAGACUUGGGCCAUCAAACUAGACAAUGUAACAGCAAAAUGGGAGCCUGGCCAGUCAGAAAAUACCCUGGAGAAGGUUAACCUGGAAAUAGAGACCGGAAAACUGUACAUGGUCAUCGGAAUGGUGGGAGCCGGCAAGAGUUCCCUGCUCUCUGCAAUCCUCAAAGAGAUCGCACUCACGGAGGGAAGCAUCAGAGUCAAGGGAGGCUUGAGUUACGCAGGUCAGGAAUCCUGGGUCUUCGGGUCGUCCGUGAGGCAAAAUAUUCUCUUCGGCCAGCCCUACGACAGACAGCGGUACCAGAGAGUCGUCAAGGCGUGCGCCCUCCUCAGGGACUUCAAGCAGUUUCCCCAAGGGGACCAAACCAUCGUCGGAGACAGAGGCAGCUCCCUGUCCGGGGGUCAGAAGGCCAGGAUAAAUCUGGCGAGGGCCGUCUACAGGCAGGCCGACAUCUACCUGUUCGACGAUCCUCUCAGCGCGGUGGACGCGCACGUGGGGAAGCACUUGUUCGAAGAGUGCAUGAAGCACUAUUUGUCCGGAAAGACUCGAAUUCUGGCGACUCAUCAGCUUCAGUACAUCAAAGGAGUCGACGCGAUUAUUCUUCUCGAUCAGGGCAAGAUGCAAUUCUACAAGAAUUAUCAGCAGCUCCUCCAAAAUCAUCCUGAGUACAUGCCGCUUAUUGCAGCGGAAACUAAUCCGGAAAAUGCCGAUGAUUCCUUCAUGGAAAGAAGUACGAUGCGACGACAGUUUUCUACUUCGAGCAAUAGGAGCAAAGCGGCAGAUGGUGGUGAUAAUACGGAUGGUGAAGAUGAGGAAGAGCCUACAACUGAUGAAUUGGUUGAUAAAUUGGUAGAAAGAACCUCAAGAGGUACUGUCAAGGGUUCACUAUUCUUGAAUUAUUUUAGAUCUGGAGCUAAUUUAUUCUUCGGCUUUCUCGUACUUGUUUUGUUUGUUCUAACACAGUUGGCUGCCAGUUUGGAUGACCUUUAUAUUUCUUUUCUGAUAACAGCAGAAGAAGCAAAAGUAUACAAAAUGGCAAAUAUAACAAUAAAUCGGAAAGACGAGGGCCUCUUUAAGGUCCAACCAUGGUCGCAGGAAGUUUACAUUUAUGUAUAUAUUGGAAUAGUGACAUCGAUAUUUUUGAUUGGUAUUACGAGAUCGUUUGUUUUUUACGCAUUAUGUAUGCGAGCGAGUCAACGAUUGCACGAUAUGGUAUUUAGUGCCCUGAUUAGAACAGGAAUGCGCUUUUUUGACACAAAUCCAAACGGACGAAUUCUUAACAGAUUUUCAAAGGACUUAGGAGGUAUUGACGAAUUACUGCCAAAGAGCCUCUUGGACGCAGGGCAAGUAACCAUGGUGUUAAUGGGAAGUCUGAUUGUCACUUGUAUCGUCAACUAUUACUAUAUCAUUCCAAUUAUCCUAUUUGGUACCAUGUUUUAUUGGAUUCGAAAAGUUUAUCUCAAGACAAGUAAAAAUAUAAAACGACUGGAGGGAAUAACUCGUUCGCCGAUUUUCACACAUCUCAACACAACUCUGAAUGGAUUGACAACGAUUAGAGCUUUUGGAGUUGAAGAAGUACUCAAACAUGAAUUUGACAAACUUCAAGAUUUCCACACCUCGUCCUGGUUUAUGUUUCUUACAACAAGUUCAGCAUUUGGAUUUUCAUUGGACGUUUUUAGUUUUAUUUUAACGACUCUGGUGACUUUUAGUUUUCUCAUUAGCAGUGAUCCGUCAUCUGAGAAUGGAGGAAAAGUUGGUCUGGCUAUAACUCAAGUGAUGUCAAUGUUGGGAUUGAUUCAAUGGGGAAUGCGUCAGAGUGCAGAAGCAGCAAAUCAAUUGAUGUCGGUUGAAAGAGUUUUAGAAUAUGUUGAACUUCCUCCAGAGCCUAAUUUACGAGACAAAGGAGUAAUUUCCAAAAAGAAAAUGAAACAAACUCUACCUGACUCUUUUGUUACGCCUCCUUCAAAUUGGCCAAAUAUGGGCAACAUUGCAUUCAAAAAUAUGUACUUGAGAUAUUCUGAUGAUGAUCCUCCAGUUUUGAAAGGCGUCAACCUCGUCAUUCACCGGUCGGAAAAGGUUGGAAUUGUUGGUAGAACCGGCGCUGGGAAAUCGUCUCUAAUCGCCGCUCUUUUUCGUCUCGCGAAAAUCGAUGGAGUCAUUGAAAUCGACAAUAUAGACACGGGAACCGUUUGUUUGGAAGAUCUUCGCCAACAAAUUUCUAUUAUUCCACAAGAUCCGGUUCUAUUUUCAGGAACUAUCAAAAGAAAUUUAGAUCCCUUUAACGAAUUUUCAGAUAGUCUCCUGUGGGAAGCUCUCGAUGAGGUGGAACUGAAAGAAGCGAUUGCGGCCGUUAACGGAUUGGACAGUCGAGUGUCCGACAGAGGAGGCAAUUUCAGCGUUGGACAACAGCAACUGAUUUGCCUCGCGAGAGCAAUUCUAAGAAACAAUCGUAUUCUAAUGCUGGACGAAGCCACAGCGAACGUGGAUCCUCAGACAGAUGCUCUGAUUCAAAGAACCAUAAGGACUAAAUUCGCUUCUUGCACUGUACUCACAGUUGCUCAUCGAUUAAAUACGAUCAUGGAUAGUGAUAAAGUUUUAGUCAUGGACAGAGGACGAAUGGCGGAAUUCGAUCAUCCGCACAUUCUUCUGCAAAACCAAUACGGACAAUUUACCUCCUUAGUUAGAGAAACUGGACGAGCUAUGUUCGAUCAAUUGUGCAAAGUUGCCGAACGAGCAUACUUAUCAAAACACGAGGACAAUCCAUCAGAUUAUAAUUAGUAUUGCCGUGAAAUAUUAUUUACCAUUUAACCAGUGUCUUAUUUUAUUUUUUAAAAUGACUAGUUUUUAAUGAAGUUUGAAAAUAUCGGAAAUCUUAAACAGCUCUUUGAAGACCAUUAAAUUUUAAUACUCUGAACAAUAAUUCAAUUUUUCAAAAUUUAAAUUUUUUUCCAAAAUUACAGUAGAAUCUUUCAAUAGUGCAGUCAUUAGUGAAUUGAGUAGACAAGGGGUUUCAGGAGGCAAAGGGAAAGGGAAUCUGUGACGUCAAAUACAGUGCCGUCGCUCAUUUGAUUAUUUAGUAUUAUUUAGUGGUGCCCGGUAUUUAGUAGUGGGCGACCCUUAAUUUUCUGGACACAGACCUGAAUGUUUUAAUUUUUGCUUGCUUCGAACAGUGCACAAUAU